UAAUGAUCGAGAAAGAUGCAAAUAUGUGUCUAUGCAAGUUGUCUGAAUGUAGCUUAAUGAUACCGAGUGUAAUAGUUUAUACGCCCCAGCAAGAUUUGCGCGCAUCAAAACACGAGUUGGUUAAAUGGGUUUUACAGUUGACCGCGUAUUUUCGGCAAAAGUACAGUCAAGUACAGUGUAACGAACUGUAUUUCUUCUUUUUUAUCGGGACCAUUGGCGAAACUGGCGGGAAUGAAGUAGAAGAAUGGCGCAAGCAAGUACGUGAAAGUGCUGCGUUCAACUGUAUUUACUAUAAACAGUAGUAAACAGAUAUGUGACAAGAUUACAAAAAGUCUCAUUGUGUCUGUUUAUCAUGUUCUCCGCAUAGUGUCGACCUUUAUGUUAAACUGACAACUGAUUCUGAUAUCAACUGCGAUCUUAUCUAUGAUCUGUCUCAUUUGAAACAUCUUGUUUCGCAAGCUGAUGCUCAACAAAAAAGUCGUUCUAAGACGAUAAGUACGAGCAACUGACGUUCUCUUGCAUUCUUAAAACAGAAAAACACUUCGAUUGCUAUGUCAACCACGAAAGUUAUAUCUCCUGUACCAGAGAGUGAAGCAGAGGAUACAUCAGAUUCCAAUAAUGAAAGAAUAUCUUCUAGCGGAAAAUUUGAUGACAUGAAAGAAUCUGAAGAAUCAAGCAAUUUAACAAAUCCUGUUUCUAAAGAAAUAGUGCAAAAAGCUCAAACAGACACUGAAGAAAAUAGAGAAAGUGGGAUAAAAAUAUCUGAUAAAGAAAAUCACAAUCCACAAAUAAAUCAAGAUCAAACAGAAGAAAAUGUGAAGAAAAAGAGAAAAAUGAAACAUAAUGAAAUUUCGUCUUCAUUGAACUCACGAACUAAAAAAGCAUCACCUCUAAUCAGACGAUGCAACGUAUGUAAUCAAAAAUUGAACGCAACAAUAUUAUACCAAGGACAUCCAAAUGGUGCAAUAGAGGAACAAAUAGCUUUAACGGACCCUAAAUUAUGCAUAUUCACAGGAGAUGAAGAUUACAUACAUGAAAGUGAUGUAAGACCACAAAAUAAAUUAACAUAUUUUAGUGUUUAUGAUAAAAAAGGACAUAUGUGUCCUUUUGAUACAGGACUUAUUGAGAAAAAUGUAAAGUUAUAUUUUUCUGGAUAUAUGAAACCUAUUUUUGAUGAGGAUCCUUCGCCUGAAGAAGGUGUACCAACAAAAGAUAUGGGACCAAUAAUUGAAUGGUUUAUUUCUGGAUUCGAUGGAGGAGAAUUGGCAUUGAUAGGUUUUAAUACUGCAUUUGCGGAAUAUAUUUUGAUGGAACCAUCUGAAGCUUACGCACCAUUCAUAGAUGCUGUUAAAGAGAAAAUAUAUAUGAGCAAAUUAGUUAUAGAAUUUUUGUUAGAUGAAACUGUAAAGUGCGAGGAUCCAAAGUAUGAAGACUUAAUAAACAAACUUCAAACGGUGGUACCUCCUAAAGAUAUGAAGGCGUUUACGGAAGAUAAGUUAUUACAUUACGCACAAUUCAUUUGUGAUCAAGUUUUAUCAUUUGAUGAUACUGCUGAUGCUGAUGAUGCUGCGCUCAUUACAACUUCCUGCAUGCGAGAUCUUGCAAAAUUUGGUAAUGUCAUACUGGGUAAAAAGAAUUGGGUUCAACCUAUUCGUCGAACACGGCGUGAUCAGCAAACAAUUAAGAAACCUGCCUGGACAAAGGCCACUACGACAAAAUUGGUUAACAAUAUGUUCGAAAAUAUUUUCACAGACCAACUUGUUAAGCAUGACGAUACAACAUCUAUGGGACCUAAAAGACAACGAUGUGGUGUUUGCGAAAAUUGUCAACAAUCUGAUUGUGGUACUUGUAGUUUUUGUAAAGAUAUGUUGAAAUUCGGAGGAAGUGGAAAAAGCAAACAAGCAUGCGCCAGAAGAAAAUGUCCAAAUAUGGCAAUUCAGGAUGAACCACCAAAGGUGUUACAGGAGGCAGAUGAUUCUGAUCCAGAAAACGAAAUGCUUGAUGAGUCGUCAAAAGAUGAAAUAAUGGAAGAGAAAUUAAAGAAAGAAUUCAAUGAAAAAUAUAGUAGGAAAAAAAUAAUAUGGGAAGAAGAAGAUAAAAUUAUUGAUGAGCAAAAAACAUAUUAUAAAUCAGUUAUGGUUGGAAAUGAAAGAAUCCAAAUAAACGAUUUUGUUUUGGUAGAGCCAAGAAAUCCAGCACAUCCUUUACACAUCUAUAAAGUUAUAUUUAUGUGCGAGCAUAAGAAUGGAAUGAAACAGUUUCAUGGAAAUUGGUUGUGUAGAGGUACCCAGACCAUACUUGGCGAAACUUCAGAUCCCAUAGAAUUAUUCCAGACAGAUGAUUGUGAUGAUAUACCAUUUACAUGUGUUAAAUCAAAAGCAACCGUUAUCCAUAAGAAGAAGCCUGAAAAUUGGUCUGAAUUAGGUAAUACAGAUAUAGAUGAUGAAAUAAAAGAUACAGAUAACAAUACGUAUUUUUAUCAAAUGAGAUAUACUCCUGAAACUGCUCGAUUUGAGGAUCCGCUGCCAGAUCCAGAAUGCCCAUGGAAAGAAAAGAUCGUUCAUCGAUUCUGUCCCGCUUGCACCAGACUAAGAGCAUUAGAACAAUAUAAUACACCUAAGAUAUCUGAGAGAAUAGAAGAAAAGAGCAGCAAGGAAGUGAUUUAUGGAGUAGUAAAAUAUAGAGGAGAAGAAUAUAGAGUGGGUAGCGCAGUAUUUUUAUACCCAUGGAAUACUUUUAAAUUUAAGUACGUACAGACAUAUCAGCAAGCUCCAAAACCAAAGAAAGGAGAGGUGGAUGAAGAUAUAUAUCCAGAAUUUUAUCGAAAAGCUGCGGAUUCAAAACCAAAAGGCACGAAUCUUGAUACACCCGAGCCUUUCCACAUUGGUUAUAUAAACGCGAUAUAUGCCAACACAACUGAUCAAAUAGUAUUGGCUUCAAACAUUUAUAUUAAAGUGAAUAAAAUGUACAGACCGGAAAAUACUCAUCGAGAUUCAACAUUAAUGGAACAAGCAGAUCUGAACAUGGUUUAUUGGAGCGAUGAAGUGUACAAUGUGAAGUUUUCUGAGGUUGCUGGUAAAUGUUAUCUGGCGUAUUCUGAAAACCUGAGUGAAUCUGUUGAAGAAUGGUCUAUGCGUGGUCCAAAUAGAUUCUAUUUCUCUGAAGCUUAUAAUGCUAAAGAAAAAACAUUUGACGAACCACCUUACAAUGUUAUGGGUAAAUCUGGAAAAGGCAAGGGAAAGGGCAAGGGAAAAGGCAAAUCAAAAGCGAAAAAGGAAGAAGAGGUUGAAGAUAAAUCAACUAUUGAUGAACCAGUUGACUAUCCUACUGUGAAAAAAUUAAAAACGUUGGACAUUUUUGCUGGUUGUGGAGGAUUGUCUGAAGGAUUACAUCAGGCAGGAGUGGCCGAAAGUCUAUGGGCAAUCGAGAAAGACGAGACUGCGGCGUAUGCAUAUCGCUUAAAUAAUCCAAAAGCUAUAGUUUUCACAGAUGAUUGUAAUAUGCUAUUGCGAAAAGUCAUGAACGGUAAUUCUACAGAUGAUAAAGGUCAAAAACUUCCUCAAAAAGGAGAUGUUGAACUUUUAUGUGGUGGUCCACCAUGUCAAGGUUUCAGUGGCAUGAAUCGCUUUAAUUCACGACAAUACUCAUUAUUUAAAAGUUCUCUCAUUGUUUCAUGUUUAUCUUACUGCGAUUAUUAUAGACCAAAAUUUUUUGUUAUGGAAAAUGUGCGGAAUUUCGUGAUUUAUAAGAAAAAUAUGGUGCUCAAAUUGACUUUAAGAUGUCUCAUUCGCAUGGGUUAUCAAUGUACAUUUGGCGUUCUCCAAGCUGGCAAUUAUGGAAUACCGCAAACGAGAAGAAGAUUGAUAAUAUUAGCUGCUGCAUCUGGAGAGAUGCUUCCAAAAUAUCCAGAACCAACUCAUGUAUUCAAUAGGCGAUGCUGCACAUUAAAUGUAGUGGUGGAUAAUAAAAAGUAUAAAACAAAUUGCGUUUGGACAGAAUCAGCACCGUUUAGAACAGUUACAGUGAAAGACGCCAUGUGUGAUUUACCAGAUAUCAAAAACGGUUGGAAUAAAGAAAAAAUGUCUUAUAGCAGUGAACCAUUAACACAUUUUCAGAGAAAGGUGAGAGGUAAACAAUAUCAACCACUAGUGAGAGAUCACAUAUGUAAAGAAAUGGCUUCGAUCGUAGAAAUACGAAUGGCUCAUAUUCCAACUGUACCCGGUUCCGAUUGGCGUGAUUUGCCGAAUAUCGUGGUGCGAUUGAGCGACGGUUCCUUGUCCAAGAAAUUAGAAUAUACGCAUCAUGAUAAAAAGGCUGGGAAAAGUUCAAAGGGUGCAUUACGAGGCGUAUGCUGUUGCAGUACUGGUCGAGUAUGCGAUCCUGAUAGACAGUAUAAUACUUUAAUUCCAUGGUGCUUGCCGCACACUGGGAAUCGACACAAUAAUUGGGCCGGUUUAUAUGGUAGACUCGAGUGGGAUGGAUUUUUCAGUACAACUAUUACCAAUCCAGAGCCGAUGGGUAAACAGGGCCGUGUCUUGCAUCCAGUACAGAAUCGAGUUGUGAGUGUAAGGGAAUGUGCAAGAUCCCAAGGAUUCCGCGACUCAUUUCUUUUCUACGGUACAAUACUCGAUAAGCAUCGACAAAUUGGCAAUGCGGUGCCGCCGCCAAUGGGAACUGCAAUCGGGCACGAGAUAAGAAAAUGUGUUCGUCACACAACAGUAUCAUAAAAUGGAGUGCUCGAAGUUGAAAGCAUUAGCUAUACUAGUACCAUGAUAAGGAAUAAUAAUCGGCACAAUAAAAAUGAUGAUCAAAUACGUGAUGAAUCACGUAUUUGACGUAUUAAUCACCCACGAUAUCGCGAACACAGUGUUCUAACAAAUGCAAAAAAUCAUAGAUAAAAUUCAUGUGUAUAAAAUUGAAAAUAUUUUUUAUUAGUUUUACACUAUUCUAUGAUACUACUUGUACCUUUCGGAAUAUUUAAAAUAAUUAUAAUUUUAAAAUUAUACAACUUUAAUAUUUAAAUUAAUAUUUAACUUAUUUAAAAUCAAAUUAACAUUACUAAAAAUUAACAUUCUGCUGUACUUUAUGAUUAGAUUUACUCUGAAAAUAACAGAUUGUUAUAUAUAAAUUCUAAUAUAUAAAAAAAUUUUUUAAAAGAAAAAAGACGUCGAUACACGCACCUGAUAAAGCACUGUUGUACGCAUAAAAUAGUGUUAUUUUAAUACAAAAAUUUUUAACAAAUUAAAGAUGUUUACUUUUUUAUUUAAAACCUACCCAAUCUACAUGAUAACCGCUACAUGAUAAAAAUUUGGUGCAAAGUUAUUAUUUGUUGAAGCAUUUCCAUCAUGGACAUUGAAUUUUUGCAACAAAAAAACUUUCCGAAUGUGAUUUAACCAGAAAGUCGGCGGUAGAAAGUGA